AUGAACCCGAAAACGCCAGUCGCGUUUGCGAGCUUGCCUCCAGAAAUCAUCAACGAAAUAUGCUCGACGUUGCCCACCUCCCCGCUUCUAAACCUCCGGCUCGUUAAUCGCCAACUCGGAGCCAUCGCGACGUCCUGGGCAUUUCGCCACGUGCGACUGGGAGCACGACAAGGAUGCUACGACCAUCAACAUUUCGUCUGGAUCGCCCAGUCAGAAAAAUUGCGCCCUCUGGUGCGGGAAAUCACCUGCGAUACCUGGCUCGGACACACUGCCAAACACAGCAGUCGAUUCGCCUUCAACCACCCCGCCGAGUUCUUGAAUUCACUACCACUAAUACGAUGCUUCCACAACCUGGAAAGUCUGCAUUUGCGCUUCAGUGAGCACACUAAACACGACCACAUGGAUGCCAUGGAUACAGAGACCGACAAUUUCAGAUACAGGGUACUUGAUACUGCGUUCAACUGCCUGGCUGGGACCUGGUCUGCCGAAAGUCAGCUAGAGAUGGAUGAAAACGUGCUGCCGUAUUCGUUCGAAGCCGACUAUGAGACGGCGCCCGCUUCGGUCGCCGACUUAGGGCCGCUUGCUAUCAAGGAAUUGACAGUUUCCAACCUAGCUGAUUUCCAUGAUGAGCGCUUCACAGAGUCGGAAGUGUUCAAGAAGGUCAUUUCGAUGAGCAGCCUGAAGGAUUUGAAGUUAUCUAUUACACUGCAAGAAGUCGAGAAAGACCACGAUGAUGACUAUGAACCACCGGACGCCCUCUGGUUCCGCGAAAAAUAUGUCAUGUUUGAGAAUUUACCUCGCACUUGGCUGUUCCCAUCAGUUGCUGGGAAUCUCAGGGUUCUAUCCUUGUACUCUCGAGAUUAUUGGGGAUGGAACCCGAAGAUGGAUUUUCGAGCUGUCCGCCCCGGUAAUGGCCCGGAUUCCGGAUUUCCUAAUCUGAAAGUCCUGGCUCUGGGAAAGUACAUCUUCAGCCAUGAUUGGCAAGUUGAGUGGAUCGAAUCCCUCGGUCAAAUGAACACAUCUGGUGGUCUUGAAGAGCUCUACCUAGACAGAUGCCCUAUUCUGGUCCAAGCCCGACACGAUGCACCUGCCGACCACGGCACCACGGUCGUUGGCAGAGAUUCGGACGGUAAUAGCGUCGAAGUUUCCAACGAUGGCUACUACCAGAUGGACGCCAUGCUCGACGAUGAUAUGUUUGAACCUGAAUUGACGUAUGAAGAUUACCCUCUCAGGUGGCACCACAUCUUCCCACGCUGGCGUGAGUCGAUGAAAUCCCUAAGAGUCUUCAAAAUGGGCCAUAGCUCAUGGAAUUCUGCGCCGGAGCAGACCAUGGAUGCUUGGUGCAACGAAGACACGGUUCAAGAGCGAGACCGUGAGGAUCUAGCGACCAUAUUGCAUCAUAAUAACUUUCGCUCCUUCGACUCCCCAUCGCCACCUCAAAACAAAAGAGAUAAGGUCACGACGGGGCUGGAGAAGUACAGGCACGGCACCGGAAUAAAUCAACACCCCAGGCAUCAGGCGGCGUACAUCUACUUUGACAUCGAUGUUGCACCGACGCAAUGGUGUGAGGUGUAUUGGCCUUGGUGUGCAUAUUCCUGGCAGCCGCGGCUGGAUAAUGAGGUCCGCGAGAAGGAUAAAGCGGAAUUGGCCCUUUUCUUAGACGAGGUUCAAGGCAGACAGAUGGGGUCUAGAGACUCGUGA